CCCAAUGAAAACGAAGCUAGCGGCGGCACGUUUCGGCAACGGACCGGAAGCUGAGGUCGUGAGUUGUGGGGGAAGCCGCGGUGGGCGGAGACGAGGAAGAUGGCGGGCUUGUCGGUGCGGGACCCCGCGGUGGAUCGGUCUCUGCGCUCCGUCUUCGUGGGGAAUAUCCCUUAUGAAGCCACAGAGGAACAGCUAAAAGAUAUCUUCUCAGAAGUUGGACCUGUUGUCAGUUUCCGAUUGGUAUACGACAGAGAGACGGGCAAACCAAAAGGCUAUGGCUUUUGUGAGUAUCAAGAUCAAGAAACCGCCCUCAGUGCCAUGCGGAAUCUCAAUGGGCGAGAAUUUAGUGGAAGAGCGCUUCGAGUGGACAAUGCAGCCAGUGAGAAGAACAAGGAGGAACUCAAGAGCUUGGGCACUGGUGCUCCCAUCAUAGAGUCACCCUAUGGAGACCCUGUGAACCCCGAAGACGCGCCUGAGUCCAUCAGCAGAGCAGUGGCCAGCCUGCCUCCUGAGCAGAUGUUUGAACUGAUGAAGCAAAUGAAGCUGUGUGUCCAGAACAGCCCUCAGGAGGCUCGGAGUAUGCUCUUGCAGAAUCCUCAGCUCGCCUACGCUUUGCUGCAGGCCCAAGUGGUGAUGCGUAUUGUUGACCCAGAGAUUGCGCUGAAAAUUCUUCAUCGCCAGACCAGCGUCCCCUCUCUGAUUCCUGGAAAUGCACAGCCAGGGCCAGGGCAAGGUCCUGGUCCCGGACCAGGAGCCGGUCCCGGGCCAGGACCUGGGCCAAAUGCUCAGAUGAACCAGCCGAACGUCCCUUCUUCUCAGCCACAACCAAUCGGCGGGAUGCAUGUCAAUGGAGCCGCUCCCCUGAUGCAGCCUCCCAUGCAAGGAGGAGUACCUGCUCCAGGCCAGAUGCCAGCUUCAGUGCCCGGGCCUGGGCCCAUGGCUCCAGGAGGUAGCAUGCCAGGGAGUGGCCCGAUGAUCUUGGAACGCGGACAAGUGGACAGUGAGAGCGAUGCUUUCCCCAGUCAUGCUCCAUCAGGGAACCUGCAGCUCUCUCCCGUGGGACCUGCCAGGUCUGCCUCUCUUGAGCGCGUUCAAGUGCCCAUGCCAGACCCACGAGCCCCUAUGCACCGGGGGCCAAUGCCAGCUAGUGGGCCACCACCCCGAGGCCUUCUGGGAGAUGCCCCCAAUGACCCACGGGGAGGCACGUUGCUGUCGGUCACUGGAGACGUGGAGCCCAGAGGUUACCUCGGGCCACCGCACCAGGGGCCACCAAUGCACCACAUGCCCGCGCACGACAGUCGUGGGCUGCCCCCCCAUGAAAUGAGAGGCGGACCGAUGGGAGAGCCACGUCCCCUGAUGGGAGAGCCACGAGGGCCCUUGAUGGAUGGCCGAGGUGGAAGAGACCCGAGGGGCAUGGAGCCCAGAGUGAUGGACGGCCGGGGCAUGGAGCCCAGGGUGAUGGAUGGCCGGGGCAUGGAGCCCAGAGGCAUGGAGCCCAGGGUGAUGGAUGCGAGGGGCAUGGAACCUAGAGGCAUGGAGCCCAGAGGCAUGGAGCCCAGAGUGAUGGAUGCGAGGGGCAUGGAGCCCAGAGGAAUGGAACCCAGAGUCCUGGAUGCAAGAGGCAUAGAACCUCGUGGGAUGGAACCCCCCAGAGGCAUGGAGCCCCCUAGAGGCAUGGAGUCUAGGGGCAUGGAACCCCCUAGAGGCAUGGAGCCUCCUAGGGGCAUGGAGCCCCCUAGAGGCAUGGAGCCCCCUAGGGGCAUGGAGCCCCCUAGGGGCAUGGAACCCUCUAGGGGCAUGGAGCCCCCUAGGGGCAUGGAGCCCCCUAGGGGCAUGGAACCCCCUAGAGGCCCUGGAAUGGAGCCUAGGGGCCCCGGUCCGAAUCCCAGAGGUCCAAUGACUGGCGCAAUUCAAGGUCCAGGGCCUCUGACUAUGGGAGCAGCCGGCCCACAAGGCGCUCGACAGGUUCCUAAUAUGCCAGGGACAGCAAUGCAGGCUGGAGCCAUGGCAGGCGGAGCCGUACAGCCUGCAGCCCAGCCUGGAGGCUUCAGCCCUGGGCAAAACCAAGUCACACCCCAGGAUCAUGAAAAGGCAGCCCUCAUUAUGCAAGUCCUCCAGCUGACGGCUGACCAGAUCGCCAUGCUGCCUCCCGAACAAAGGCAGAGCAUUCUCAUUCUGAAGGAGCAGAUACAGAAAUCCACUGGCGCCCCGUGAACCACAUUCCUCCGCCUUAGGAAACCUUUGAAUGAAAUUCAGCCCUGGCUGGAAAUGACACUGAAGGCAGCUCACAGACCCUUCCCUCGUCCGGUCCAAAUCAGAAAGGAGAAGGGGGAUUUUUGUUCCCACCCCCUUGUUGUUUCCAUUCUUGUCUCUCAAAUAAAACUAUGUUCUACAGUUGAA